AUGGCUAACAUUCUCAUUCCUGGCAGUUAUCCAUAUAUUUAUAACCCGGAUGGCACUGAACUUCAUUGCUUAAAGGAACAUGGUGCAGUUUUAAGGCUUCAAUUUCUGAAAACCACUUCCUCUUUGGCUUCAAUAAACAAUUUUGGGCAGCUUCAUUAUCAAGAUGUAACAAUGGGUGAGAUGGUAGGUAGUUACAGAACUGGCUUAGGCCGUGCUGAUGUGAUGCAGGUGGACCCCUACGAUAGGGUUGUUGCUUUGGGUCAUUCACUUGGUACAGUUUCCAUGUGGAAGCCUACAAGCUCUGCUCGUCUUCUGAAAAGGCCGUGUCAAAGGAGCCCCAUCUCGGCAAUGGCAUUCCACCCGAAUGGCCAUCUCAUGGGCACAGCUGGAAAAGAUAAUAAAAUUAAGCUUUGGGACUUGAGGAAACUUGAGGAUGAGGCACUCCAAACUUUACCGGGGCAGGCAAAGACUUCGGAAUUCAGUCAGAAGGGUCUUCUAGCUUGUCUGGGCUGUGGAUCAUCUGUACAAAUCCUGAGAGAUUUGCACGGGACUCAGAUCUACAAGACAUAUAUGAACCAUCGAAUGGUUAAAGGUUACCAAAUAGAAAAAAAGUUGCUUCGGCCGUAUGAAGAUGUUCUAGGCAUAGGGCACUCCAUGGGUUGGUCCAGUAUUCUGAUUCCUGGUUGUGGGGAACCAAACUUUGAUUCCUGGGUGGCAAAUCCAUUUGAAACAUCUAAACAGAGAAGAGAGAGGGAAGUGCACUCUCUGCUUGAUAAGCUGCCACCUGAGACAAUUAUGUUGGAUCCCACAAAGAUUGGCACAGUGAAGCCUCAGAGGAAGAAAGAGAAACCGACAAAUCAAGAGAGAGAGGUUGAGAUUGAAGCUGCUGUUGAAGCUGUCAAGGGCACUGUCCUGAAGAAGAAAACCAAGGGGAGGAAUAAGCAGAGUAAGAGGACGACGAAGAAGAAGGAGAUCAUUGCAAAUGCCAAGAGGCCUUUCUUGGAGCAACAAAUGGAGGAGGAAGAACAACUGGCUAGAAAGAAGCAGAAAACAAUUGAGCAAGUGGAGCUACCAACAUCUUUACAGCGGUUUGCCCGCACCAAAGCGACUGCAUGAAAUGAUUGUGCUAGUUUAGUUAUCUCGGUUUUAUACUAAUUCUAUAAAG